GGAUCCCUCCCUUAAACCCCACUUUGCUACUCUCUAAAAUCUCAAAACCUAAACACGUGCUUUCUCUUCCUCGCGCUUCAACCAACAAUGGCUUCCGUGGUUUCAAUCAACAAGCCAAAGAAGAAGAAGGCGAAGCACAGCGUGUCUCUGUCAGAGCUGAAAACCCUAGGCCACCAGCUCCUCUCCUCCCGAGCGCACAUCAACAACCUCCCUCUCCUCCUCUCCUUCGUGUCCCCAACCUCACCUCCUCCCUACGCCCUCGAGUCCCUCCUCUCGCUCCAGUCAUUCUUCACCCCUAUCCUCCCUUCCCUCCCUUCCUCUUCUUCUUCCAAGGCCUCCUCAGCCAGCCUCGGGGACGACCCUGACUUCAUCUACCUCACCUGGCUGCGCUCCAAGUUCGACCUCUUCGUCCACUCGCUCAUCGAGCUUGCAAUCUCUCCAGACUCCGAUGAAACUCUCAAAGAGAUUGUGUUGGAUACGAUAAUGGAGUUUGUGAAGGUGGGAAAUAAUGGAAGGUUUCACUCUGCUAUAUACCACAAGUUUUUACAUUCUAUUGUUCACUCUACAAUGUCCAUUUAUUUCUUAAUAGACUUGCUCGCAUCGAAGUACUUCCAGUACAUUGAUGUACGUUAUUUUACCUACAUUAGCCUGGAAAAACUUGCUAGAACUUUGGAGUCAAAAAACAUCUCGGAUAACACUGAAGUGAAUGCUGAUAGCAACAAUGAGAGUCAUUCAAGAACAAGCAUGGAGGUUUUUAUUCACAACAUACACUAUAUUUUAUCACAAAUCCCCCAUCUGGAAGGCUCGGAUGAAAAAUCUGAUUAUGAGAUGUGGAGCACAUCAGGAAGUGAUAGUAAAGAGGUUUCUGCGAAUUCAAAAGCAGAAGAUAAACAAUCCCAGACUGAGAAGCAUAACAAUAAUGUGUUGUCUGCAGCCAAAAUUUCCAAAAAGAUGGGAUUAAAAUUUACAAAAGCAUGGAUUUCAUUUCUUAGGUUACCACUUCCACUCGAUGUGUACAAGGAGGUUCUUGUUAGUCUCCAUCAGGCUGUUAUUCCUUAUUUGAAUAAUCCUAUCAUGUUAUGCGAUUUUUUGACAAGAUCAUAUGACAUUGGUGGUGUUGUUAGUGUCAUGGCUCUUAGCAGCCUCUUCAUCCUCAUGACACAAUAUGGUUUGGAGUAUCCUAAUUUCUAUGAAAAGCUUUACGUUUUAUUGGUCCCUUCUACCUUCAUGGCAAAGCACCGGGCAAAGUUUUUUCAGCUUCUUGAUUCUUGCUUAAAAUCUCCACUUCUUCCAGCAUAUUUGGCGGCUGCUUUUGCUAAGAAAUUGAGUCGGCUAUCACUGUCAGUUCCUCCUUCAGGAGCGUUGGUUGUUAUAGCUCUGAUUCACAAUCUUUUACGAAGACAUCCUUCAAUCAACUGUUUGGUGCACCGGGAAGAUGGUGAUGAAACGGCAAAAGAUAAUUCAAAAGCAGAAAAAGGUGACUCUGGAACUGGCUCAGAUAUGUCCAGCAGGAAACCAGGGAUGGAUCACUUUAACAAUGAGGAAAGUAAUCCCAUAAAGUCCAAUGCUAUGAGAAGUUCGCUUUGGGAAGUUGAUACCCUCCGUCACCAUUACUGCCCUCCUGUUUCAAGGUUUAUUUUGUCACUUGAAAAUGAUUUGACUGUCAGAGCUAAAACAACUGAAAUAACAGUUGAAGAUUUCAGUUCGGGUUCGUAUGCGACAAUUUUUGGGGAUGAGAUUAGGCGAAGGGUAAAACAGGUUCCAGUAGCAUUCUAUAAAGUUACUCCCACCUCUUUGUUCUCGGAGUCCGAUUUUGCUGGUUGGACUUUUAAAAAUGAUGACAGCAAGGAAGAGGAUGAUGGCAAUGAGGAGAACGAGAUUACAAAUAUAUCUGACGAACACGAUCACCGUUCUGCAAAACGACGAGUAGAGAGUUCAUGAACCAGAUGCUGUUUCUCUCUGUGCAUGUGUACACCACCAUUAUAUUUGAGUCACCAUUUUUCUUUUUGGGCUAGGCUCUUUCAUUUUUGUGCGAAGGGGUUGGGGAUUUUAUAGGCCUAAUUUUGUUAGCUGUACACUACAGCAGGUUUUGACCUGCUCUUCGGCCAAUUUAUCUAUUCCUUGCCAGUGUAAUCUGCAAUUUCUUUGAGAUGAAGUGAUCACAGCCAAUAUAGGUAAUAAACAAAUUAUUUGAAAAUAACAUGAAAUAUAAUUGUGUUUAGCACCU